UUCUAGGGUUUUUUGUCCGCCAUAGCCGAGCUCUCGCAAACCCUAGUCGCGCAGGAAGAAAAAACCCUAGCUGGGUUUCUCUAUUCGUCUCGUCUCAAUCCCUCGCCAAUCCAUUACCGAAAGACACUGCAACUUCGUCUCGCUGCUCUCUUUGUCUCUCUUGUUGCGCCUCUGCCGCUUUUAGGGUUUGUGGAUUCCACCGCGUAGUCCCCGCAUCGCAAUAGCACUCGCAAUCGCAAGCACACAGACAGAGCGCCGCCUCGAUUUCUCUCCAAACGAAUGUUUUGAUCUUUUUUUCUCCCUUUGUUCGUGCUCGAAAGAAACGACACACUCCUCUUGUGCUUAAACUGCGGGGGUGUGUUAAGCUUAAGUCAAGGAGAUUUUACGUAUAUCAGCGUCGAUCCAUUCGUACCACCAGGGGAAAAUUGGAGCAGCCAUUCAAUCUCAUCUCUCAAGAGCAGGCCAGCCGCAGCAAGAAUCCAGGAUCGAUCAAAUCAAAAGCAAACAAGAAGGAAGAGGAGAAGAACGAAGAAGAAGAAGAAGAAAAUAUUUUGCCAAACAAGACAACCCAAGCUCCCGAUUCCUCACGCCCGGACAUUGAAAUCUGGAAAUGUAGCAUCGACUCGCCACCGCCAUCGUCAUCGAUUCGCGAAUUCGCAGCUCUGCCCAUCGGUAGGCCUCGAUCUUGCUCUGCGGUGGUGCAUGGUGACGAAUUAGGGCCCGGGCAGUCGCGCAAGGAGAGAGAUCUUUCCUUUGAUGGCACUAGCAGUAGCUCCUCCACCACUUCCUCCCAGGGAAUUCACUACCUUCUUGUUUAACAAGGACGACUACAUUGGAGAAGUUAGGGUUCGUCCGGGCGCCGAGGAUCAUGUCUCCCAUAUGUUCUCCGGCAAGGCGAUGCGCGUCUCGGAUUUCUCGCCGCCCAGCGAUCGAUGCACGCCGCUGCUCAUCAUGCAUUCCAUCUCCAGCGGCGGCGUCUUGUUCACCAUGGAUCUCCCCCAGCAGCAGCAGCAGCCCGACGGCCUCACAUUCCUCCACUCCUCCUGCCUCCACGAAGCCAAGACCGCAAUGGUGCAAAUGGAAGCUGGAAUGGAGCUCCACCUGGUGGCCAUGACCAAGGGGAGCGAUGGCGACGAGGAGUUCUCGCAGCUCCAGCACACGCAGCAGCCGUGCUUCUGGGGAUUUCUCACGGGGCAGGGAUCCUACGCCUCGUGCCUCACGAUGCUCAACCUGAGAUGCCUGGGCUUGGUUUUCGACCUGGACGAGACGCUCAUCGUUGCCAACACCAUGCGAUCCUUCGAAGACCGCAUGGACGCUCUCACGCGGAAGAUGCGCUUGGAGACUGAUCCCGAGCGUACUGCUGCUCUCGCUGGUGAACUGAAGAGAUACCAAGAGGAUCACUCCAUUCUCAAACAGUACAUGGAGAAUGACUGUGUGCUAGACAAUGGCAAGAUCAUCAAAGCCCAGACCGAGAUGGUUCCUUCGUCCUCUGACGCCACCCCGGCUCUGGAACGUCCUAUUAUCCGGCUUGACAGUCGCAAUAUCAUCCUGACACGCAUCAAUCCUCUUGUCCGUUUCACGAGUGUUCUGGUGAGGAUCCGACCAGCCUGGGAGGAGCUGAGGAGCUACCUCACCGCUAAAGGAAGGAAACGUUUCGAAGUGUUUAUAUGUACGCUGGCGGAGAAGGACUACGCGCUGGAAAUGUGGAGGCUUCUUGAUCCAGACGCACGCUUGAUCCCGUCCAUUGAGGUCGAGGAACGAGUUGUGUGCGUGAAGGCAGGAGGCUUAAAAUCGCUUGCUAACGUCUUCCGGAAAGGGCAGUGCCAUCCGCGGUUGUCAAUGGUCAUUGAUGACCGCUCUAAUGUGUGGACGGAGGUAGAUCAACCACGGGUUCAUGUUGUGCCUCCUUUCGUACCGUAUUAUGCUCCUCAGGCAGAGACAACGGGUAGUUUACCGGUUCUUUGCAUUGCCAAAAACAUCUCAAGCACCGUUCGGGGCAACUUCUUCAAGGAGUUCGAUGAGGUUUUAUCGCAGCAAUUGGGUUCGGUUGUAUUCGAUACGGAUACUUCCACACUUCCUAAACCACUGGAUGUUAGUAGUUAUUUGAGAGCACAAGAUACGGCGGUGGCAGUGGACGCCGGCGGCGGCAGCAAAGAUCUACCGGAUGGCUUAGCCGACGGUGAAACCGAAACCAUCUGGAAUCCUCAGCUAGAAAACAAGAACUCUGCGCCCGAACCGUCUGGUGAAAACUGGGAGGAAGGAGAGGUUCCAGAAUCUGAGUUAGAUCCUGACACGCGUAGGAGGCUGUUAAUUUUGCAGCAUGGUCAGGACAAUGCUGCAGGACCAUCAACAGAAUGGGACGAAGAACAAGUGAGUCCUGGGCGACCAGGUGGUUCGCCAGACGCCCCGCUAGAAGCCGGACAGAUUGGCGGUCUCUUGCGGCCACAAAAUCAAGAUAGGAAGCUUUUAGACUAUUCAGAUACAGACUAUAGAAUAAACGGCAGUACUGUUCCUGAACCGUCUAAUUCUAUUAUUUUAUUACAAGCUAUGGCUCGAAAGUACAAUGCUCAGCUGGAGUUCAGGUCUUCCGUAAGUCCCACUAUCGAGCUUCAGUUUUGUGUGGAGGUCACCUUCAAUGGAGAAAAAAUUGCGAGGGGUGUUGGCAGAACCAGCAGAGAUGCUCGCUCUCGUGCCUCGGAGGAUGCUCUUCGUUUGUUGUCAAACGAGCUUCGCGACACCACGUUUGUGGCGUUUCUACCAGAGAAGCAAAACUUCAAUGCUGCUCCAGCACAGCAAUGGAACGCACCGCAUGUCAGAAUUGUGGAGCCUCCGAAAUUACCUACCUUCAAUGCCGUCGCUGCUCUCAAAGACCUGUGCACUGUUGAGAACCUCAGCGUAAGCUUUCGAGACCUGCAACUAGAAUCCAGUCCAAUGAUCUACAACUGCGAGGUGGAAGUCGCGGGACAAGUUCUGGGAAGAGGCCGAGGUCUCUCCUGGGAUGCAGCAAGACAAGAGGCCUCGGAAGAAGCAUUGAGAGGCAUGAAAACAAACAAUACCGGGAAGCGACCUCGUCCAAGAUCUCCACCCGUGCCAGCUAAUAAGAGAUUGCGAGGACCAGCCCGUGGACAAGGCCGAGGGAACAACAGGCUCUCUCCUCGGAAGCAAUUGGCAGUGAGAUUGAAGUAGCCCAAGUAGCGGGGAAUCGUAGUUUUUCAAUGAUUGAUUUGCUUGCUUUUUCAUGUAAAAAUCGGUGGAGGUGAUGUACAUUUUCUCUCCACGUCUUGUAAAGGCAAUUCAUUGGUGUUA